AUGGUAAAUUAUUAUGAGGUUUUGGGAGUAUCAAGAAGUGCAUCUGCAGAUGAUAUUAAAAAGGCCUACCGGCAGUUGGCCUUAAAAGUACAUCCUGAUAAGAAUCCAGGAAACCAAGAAGCAGCUGAAAAGAAAUUUGUAGAAAUCUCUAAAGCGUAUGAAGUCUUAUCUGAUACUAAAAAACGAGAUGCCUACGACCAAUCCAGCAAAAAGAAGUUAAAUGAAACAAAACCUGCAGGGAGGCAAAGUAGAGUUGAAAAUGUGCAGAGGAGUGGCCAUGGGGACAAAGGGCAUGGGAGAAGGCAGGUGGACCCUGAAUUCAGCUUCUUCGGACCACAGCUGAACAUACAGAUGGGUAUGGAUUCCUUUCCUCAAGAUAUCUUUGACAAUCUAUUUGAAGACUUUUCUGGGCUUCGGCUAAAUCCCCGCAGAUGUAGAAGCAAAACUGACAGGAGCUUUUCGGUUUCUAUCACGGGUGUCUCCCCCAUUGUAGGAACUGGUUUCACUUCCUUUGGUUCUAACAUCCCAGAGAGCUGCUCCCGCUCCUCCAUCACAUCUCUAAACAGGGGCAAAAAUGGCAAAUUCCGCUCCAUCAUCACAACCAGCAAAACUGUGAAUGGCAAGAAAAUCAUCACAAAGAGAACGAUAGUGAAUGGCAAAGAACGUGUUGAAAAAGACGAAGAACCCAUCUGUCACUGA